AUGGCACAUAGUACACGAUCUAGUAGCAAGUCUAAGGAUGAUGAAAAUAAUAAUGGAAGGCGCUCAUGCUCUUCUGCAUCGGAUGCAAAUGACCUCAAAUAUCUGCUAGAAAGAAAGACAGCAUUAAGGGCGUCUUCAAUUCCUCCAGGAACUCGGAAGUCCAAGCGUUUUACUAAAAAGGACAACACCAAACUAACACAAAGAGAAGGAAACUUGAGAGACUCCUUUUUUGUGGAGUAUUGGCUUCCUGUACAGAUAUCCCAAGUGCAGCUUGAACAAUAUUGUUCUACUUUAAUUUCAAAUGCUUCGGUUCUUCAGUCAUCAUCAAAAUAUGAUUGUGUUGGAGCCCUUCGGGACCUUCUUAUAUCAACUCGGAAGUGUUGUAAUCACCCUUAUGUUGUUGAUCCAUCUUUACAAACUCUGCUUACCGAAGGUCUACCAGCAGUUGACUACCUGGACAUUGGAAUAAAAGCUAGUGGCAAGCUGCAAGCUCUCGAUUCAAUGCUUAUGGAGUUGAAAAAGAAGGGUCUGAGGGUGCUCAUUCUUUUUCAGUCUAUAGGUGGUUCUGGGAAGGAUUCCAUGGGAGACAUUUUGGAUGAUUUCUUGCAUCAGAGAUUUGGUUCAGAUGCUUAUGAGCGGGUUGACAAAGGUGUCUUGCAUUCUAAGAAGCUAGCUGCCCUGAAUCUGUUCAACAAUAUCGACAGUGGAAGAUUCAUUUUUUUAUUGGAAGCAUAUGCUUGCGUUCCUAGCAUUAAAUUGUCAUCAGUUGAUAUCAUUAUUAUAUUUAAUAGUGAUUGGAAUCCAAUGAAUGAUAUAAAAUCGCUUCAGAGGAUAACACUUGAUUCACAGUCUGAACAAAUAAAAAUAUUUCGUUUGUAUGCAUGUUUCACUGUUGAAGAAAAAGCCCUAGUUCUUGCUAAGCAAGGUAAGACACUUGAUAGCAAUUUGCAGAACAUAAGCUGGAGCAUCAGUCAUACGCUGUUGAUGUGGGGUUCAUCUUGUCUAUUUGAUAAAUUGAGACUUAUUCAUUAUCGCAAAAGUUCUAGUUCAUGUGCCAAUUAUUCAUUUGAAGACUCCGGACAACUUUCCAAAGAAGCAUUCCGUGAGUUCUCAUCCAUACUUUUGGAAGACAGUGGACAUAAUGAUCCAGGCAACAGUUCAAUUAUAUUGAAAGUCCAGCUAAAUGAAGGAAAAUACUGUACUAAUUUUGCUCUGCUUGGUGAGAAAAAACUUGGAUCUCCGGAUGAGGGAUUACCCCAUGUGUUUUGGACUGAACUUUUAAAGGGAAAAGUUCCUCAAUGGAAACACUCAUGUGGUUCAUCUCAACGGAGUCGUCAAAGGGCUCAUCAUGUUGGUGGUUCAGUAAAUACUCCCAACUUUGAGAGUGAAGAAAUAAUAAGGAAGCGCAGGAAAGUGAUAGAUGGUGUUGUUUAUGAGCCCCCUUCAAAUUUUCAAGGUGAGAAGUCAUCCAAUGGAAACGAGGAAGGUGAUAAAGCUACAUAUCAGAAAAGAAGGAAAUUGUGUGAUGAGCAGAAGAGCUUACAUAUCUUACUGGUGCCAGAGAUAGCAAAGCUUUGCGAAAUUCUUCUUCUUCCUGAUAAUGUCAAGACUGUGGUGCAUAAUUUUCUUGAAUAUAUUAUGAACAAUCACCACAUUAGCAGGGAAUCCGAGUCAAUCUUGCAGGCUUUUCAAAUAUCUCUGUGUUGGACUGCAGCUUCUUUGCUAAAGCACAAGAUUAACCACAGAGAUUCCCUAAUUCUUGCGAGAGAGCAUUUAAAAUUUGACUGUAGAAAGCAAGAGGCUGAUUAUAUGUAUUCGAUGUUGCGAUGUCUAAAGAUAUUUUUAUAUCGCGCUGGAAAUUCCAAUGGGGUUGGCUUUUCUAGACCUUGUGAAUCACCAAGCAAGGUUUAUUCCUGUACAGGAGUGGCACCAGGGGUUGAAUUGGCUAUGAAAGAUGUUACCAAAAGCAUUGAAGAAAUUCAGAAGAAGUUCCAAAAGAAGCUGAGGAAGCUCCCUAAGCAAGAUGAAGAAAAGAAUAAGCUGAAUCAAGUCAAUGAGGAGAAAAAGGCUGUUUUUAGGGAAAAAUACAAAAUAGAAUUGGCUGUUAUUCGUUGUUGUUUUUCUAAUGAUGCAAUGAGGUCAGAAAAAAUUAAGAUUUUGGAUAAAGAAUUUGCUAAAAGAAUUGAAGAUUUGGCAUGCCAGCAUGGAAUACUUCUCAAGGAUCUUGAAGCUGUACAACUGGAAGCAAGGCAGAAAUUCCAACGUUGGGAGGCCACUUGGAUAGAAGAAGUGAAGUAUUGGGCCCAAGAUGAACUGAAAAUAUGUCUUUCAAAGGAAUUUGGGUCUGGGUUGAAUCACUCCAAGACCAUUGACCAAGCUCAGCCUCAUGAUGGUUCAAAGAAUGUUGGCACUGCGCCUGAUUAUGUUGAUGAAGGUUCCAUUGCAGCUUCAUAUGGAGGAUCAAUAUCUAGAAAUGAUGGUCAUAAUAAAGCUGAAAGUUUAUCUGAAAGUCAAGGGAAUAUUAUAUCCAUGCUUUCUGAUUCCAAGGAACAUGAUUCUAAUAGAGCCACUGAUGGGGCAUAUGAAAGUGAUAGCCAAAAUAAUUCUAGUUGUUCUUGUAUAGAUGAUAUAGUCAAUUCAGUUCUACCUUCAUCUGAAGGAAAGGUAUGUGAUGGGAAAACAUUGGACGCUUCCAUCCAAGAGGCGGCUGUCGAAGUGCAUAAUUCUGACAGGUUAAAUGAUGGCUGGGAUGAGGUUCCUUCUACUAGGGAGGGGGGCUUUUGUCAGACUGUAUUGCUUAAUCCUGAUAGUGGUUUUUCAUUAGGAAGCAAGGUCAGUGUUUCUAGUAAUGGUAUGGAUGUCUCCUUAAAUUCGCAAUUAUCUCCAGAUCUUAUUCCAAGUGCAACUGCUGUAUGCAUACCAAAUUUUGAUAAUGCUGUACAAAUCCAUGAGGCCAAUGAAAGCGGUGGUAUGGACGCCUCCUUAAAUUCACAAUUACCUCCAGAUCCUGCCCCAAAUGAAACUGCUGUAUGCUUGCCAAAUUGUGAUGAUGCUGUACCGAUCCACGAUGCCAAUGAGAGUAGUGGUUUAGAUAGACUUGCCACCUUCAGUUCGCCCUUUUCUGAAGAUAGAACAGCUGAAGAUGGAGAAUUAUUACUAAGGCCAUUUGGAACUGCUGGCCCAAGCCAUGGUUCUGAUAUUAUUUAUGACACUAAUUCACUCUCGCCAGAGCAACAACCUCUUGGAGAAAUCCCAACUGAAGUGUUAGAAAAUAGUCAUGGAGAGAAUGAAUGUUGUAAUGACAAAGAGAACCAGACAGAUGUUAUAAUGUUGGAUAACAUUGCUUCAUUAGAUCAACAGGAAGGAAUUUCUAGAACCAUCAAUGAAGACUCGGUGUCGCAGGAAAUUCCAGUAUCAUGCUCACAGUCAGAGCAGCCUUUAGUGAUCUCAUCCCCUGUGCCUGCUGUGAAUGAGGUGCCACAGGAUUUUCGUACCUCUUUAUUUGCAUCCAAUAAAAUUGCUGAUGAAGAUGUAAGAGUUGGAGAAGUGCAUUACUCUUCUCAGCAAGCAGAGCGAUCAUCUGGUCUAGUUGAUGAUGUAGCGAUUCAAUCUAAUCCUGAGUCACUAGCUAUGGAGACUACAGUGCAAGUGCAGCUGUCAUCUGCAAAGUUCCCUUUUAGCAGUCAGGAUGCUACUGAAAAAAUGCUAAAUGCUUCCCAACAAGCUGAGUCGGUGUCUACUCCUUUUAGUACUGUCCCGGUCACUCUAACUAACCCUGAUUUACUGCUCGUGAAUUCUCCAGAACAAGUACAGAUAUUACAUUCUGCAGAGUUUCCCUUGUCCAACCAAGAUCUAGCUGAAGAAGUGGAGAAAUUUUCCCAAGAAGUUGAGCCGCUAUCUAAUCCUGUCAGUCUUGUACUGCCUAAUCAAUCAAAUAGUGAAUCACUAGUCAUGGAGCCUCUGAUGCAAGAGCAGCAUUUACCAACUUCAGAGUUCCCUUCUUCCAACCACGACAUAGUUGAAGAAAUGCAUAAUCCUUCCCAACAAGACAGGCAAGUAAUGGCCAAUCAAGAUCUGGUGAAGGGAUUACCGUCUGCAGAGCACCCUUCUUCCAAUGAAAAUACUGCUGAAGAAUUACAGAGCUCUUCUCAACAAAUUGGAUCCGUAUGUUGUCCAAUUGAUUAUACGCCACAUGCUCGAGCUAAUGGUGAGAUACGGGUGAUGGGGCCUCUGGAGCAUGCACAGCAAUUAUUGUCCGUAAGGUUGCCUUCUUCCAACUUGCAUCGAGCUAUUUUACCUUUGGCCCCUACAGCUGAGGACCAACGAAUCAAUGAAAUUACUGUCUCCAGCCACGUUCCUCAGGCAAUAGAUGAGGUUCCUAAUCAGGUUGUUAUGCAACUUGAUUCAAUGACGCCUACUGGAGGCAGAACACAUUUCUCAAACACAAUAAAUAGGUCCACUCCUGGGAUGAGCAGUCAACCUAUUCAAACUGCAACCCGAUCUGCUUCUAGGAUUCCUCCACCAUUGUACGUUGAUCCGCUUGAAAUUGAAAUGGAGAAAAUACGUAAAGAAACAUAUCAAGCUGUGGGAGACCAUGAAAAAGUGAAAUUGCAGUUGAAAUCUGAUCGUGAAAAGGAAAUGAAAGAAAUUGUUAGGAAGUAUAAUAUGAAACUUCAGGAGAUGGAGGUUGAAUAUCAGCAAAAGAAGAAGAGCUUGAAUGCAAAUAUGAAAAAAACUCUUGCCGAGAUGAAAUUAGCAGAGGUUAUCCGGUCAAAAUGUUGGGGCCCUAAAUUAAUAGGUGCAACGGGAAUGCCAAUAGAUGCAAAUUUCGCUCAACAGUUUGUUCAAUUUCAUGGAGAACAGAGUGCUGUCAGGCCCUCCCUAGUUGGUUCAUCUUCAUGUAUGCGUCCUGCAACCACUCUGCAAAGUAGCUUUGCCAUGGUUAGAUCUCAGCUUGUGGCGACUCCUAUUCAGUCUUCAUAUGGAACGACAGGAAAUUUCUCCAAUGUUUCUGCAAGAACACCUCAGGUUGUUGGUAAUAUGCAUACCUUUGCACCAUGUCCCCAGCUGUAUGGAUCAUUAACUUCUAUGCCCACCACGAGUCAUGUCAGUCACCCCACCCCUCUAAGUGGGACGUCCAGUCGCCUAGUUCCCAGUACCAUCCCUGCAACGCCUUUCUCACUCCCUUACAUUUUACCCCAACCGACACCACCACCCUAUCAGUUACAGUCAUCACCACGGUAUAGAACAUAUGUAACUUGCUUGUCAUUGGUACUUUCGAGUUUCGAUUCUAGACAUUUGAUAUUUGGGCUUAAUGUUUGUGACCUGUCUGAAGCAACUGUUUCGGAAGGAAUAUCAUCUCCUGCUGCGGCACUGGAAAGUUUUCAAGGUGGGAAGGGGGGUGCCAAUCUCGACUCAAGCUGCCGGUCCUCCUCCAGUCCUCCCCAUUUGGCCAUUUGUGACCAAAUCGCUGAGAUCUCUUCCCCCUCCUCCAAGUCCCAGAUUCGUGCCGUGAACCCCAACAAAAUCGGAUCUAUGGCGUCGCCUCAUCACUGA